CAUAUUCAAAACAGCAGCAGCAGCAGGCAAGCCCAGGCAAACACCGAGUGAUCACUGGACAGGCGAUGCACGGGCACUCAUCCGACCCAGACAGAGACAACCUGUGGACUGGACACACUGACGAGCCAGGGACGGUUGAAGAGCAACCGCCCCACAUCAACUGUAUUUAUUCGACACGCGCACUACUGGCGUGUUUUUGAGCCGUUCUUGUUCCUCCUUGUCCUUGUACCUGUCAAAACGACCAAGUGACAGAUUCACGGACGUUAUCGCUGCAGAUUUCACGACACGACAAUGAAUCUGGAGGAUGAUCUGACAAAAGCCGCAGCGAUGGGAAACACGGCGGCGGUGGAGGAUCUCCUGCGGGCAGGAGCUGAAGUUAACGGGGUGAACAGUUUAGGACGAACCGCUCUGCAGGUGAUGAUGAUGGGCAGCACGUCGGUGGCUCAGGUGUUACUGAAGCACGGAGCGGAUCCCAACGUAGCGGACAGAAGCACCGGGGGCACCCCGCUGCAUGACGCGGCCAGGACGGGCUUUCUGGACACUGUGCAGCUGUUGGUGCAAUUCCUUGCUGACCCGCACGCCAGGGACAAUAAAAACAACAGACCUAUCGACUUGGCCCGAGACAAAGGCAAUACAGAUGUAGUCGAUUUUCUGGAGGCUAUAAAACAUGACGCUGUUAUCUGUAUGUGUUGAAUGGGGACUCUGUGAAACUGGGCCUGCGCAGGCCUGCAGCCUAAAUUAUGCAUAGAAUGUUUCGCUGUAAAACAUUAUUUAUUUAUAGUUGUAUUUUUUUUUUUUAACGAAAUCGGAGUUAUCGAUAGCAGUAAGGGUCGCUGUUAUGACAAAUAAUAUAAGUACAAUAUUGUUAUUGGCCUAAAGAUCUAAAGCCAUAAACACAAUUUGGUGUAGAAUAUUCCAAAUAGCCUGGAUAAUCCCACUUUAUAUAGGCCUAGUGUACAGUUUUACGAUAAUAUUUGUUUGGUAAAUUGUAUUUUUAAAAUAGGAUUAUUGUUGUUUUACGUCAUUUGAAUAUCUUUCCAUGUCAAAUAUUUAACCAAAGCUAUUCAAAAAUGUUUUGCACAUUCAACAUUAGUCCAACUGAUGCACAAAGCAUUAUCUUUUAGUCCCACUUCAUGGUGAUAUGCAGAACUCGCAUUUUAUGCAUUUUAAUAAAAUGUAAUAUUCAUUUGAAUUGUUUUAGGAUAUAAAGCAGAUUAGAAGCAGUGGUAAUACGGUUAUGCUUCACAUAUUGUCUGAAGGAUGGAUUAAUGAAAAAGUACCAGAGAAUAAAAAAAAACUAA